UGGGUGGGAACUAGAUAACAAAGGAUCCAUGCUCUCUCUUCAAUCCUGAUUAGUCCAGAGAAGUAGAGUACAAAUGCAGCGGGUGAGGCUCUCAAGCUUUUGAAAACAAUGGCCUCCUCACUCACCUCAUCUUUCCAAACUAGCAAUUUGCGGUCUGCUUUUUUGGGCGAGAGAAAUGGAUUCUCUGUUUGUAGCGUACCUGUAUCUCAUGUUGGGUUUUUGAAGAAGACAAUAGAGUGUAAGGAAUCACGAAUUGGAAAGCAGCCAAUUGAAGUACCAUCCAGUGUGACAAUUUCUGUGGAAGGACAGGCUUUGGCAGUAAAGGGACCAUUGGGGCAGCUUUCACUAACUUACCCGCGAGAAGUGCUGGUUCAGAAGGAGGAUUCUGGGGCUCUAAGGGUCAGAAAGGCAGUAGAGACUAGAAGAGCCAAUCAAAUGCAUGGCCUUUUCAGGACGCUUACGGACAACUUGGUGGUGGGGGUGUCAAAAGGAUUUGAUAAGAGGUUGCAAUUGGUAGGCAUCGGUUAUCGAGCUACUUUAGAAGGAAAGAUCUUGGUACUAAGUCUUGGAUUCUCCCAUCCGGUUAGGAUGGAUAUCCCUGAUGGUAUACAGGUCAAGGUCGAAGAAAACACCAGAAUCGUUGUUAGCGGAUACGACAAGAGUGCUAUAGGUCAGUUUGCUGCGUCGAUCAGGAAAUGGAGACCCCCGGAACCGUACAAAGGUAAGGGUGUGAAAUAUGCUGAUGAAAUCAUAAGAAGGAAGGAGGGAAAAGCAGGGAAGAAGAAGUAAUAGCCUUGGAUUGUUUCAUUUUUGUAUUCACAUUCCUGCUUGUCAAAUGUGUCAGAAUUAUCGAAUGUACUUGCAUUACCGCGAGCAAUUCCAGUAUCUGUAUUUUCACA